UAGCCGGUCCGGUGUGAGGGAGCGGGACGGGAGAGCGGCCGGUGACAGCGGAGCCCUGAGGAUGCGGGGCCGGGUCCCGGGAGUCUGCGGAGCCCCGGGGAUGCGGGGCCGGGUCCCGGGAGUCUGCGGAGCCCCGGGGAUGCGGGGCCGGGUCCCGGGAGUCUUCGGAGCCCCGGGGAUGCUGCUCGGCCUGGCCGUGGCCUUGGCAUCGCUGCUGCCCGCGGCCGGAGCGCGCCGGAGCCAGGACCUGCACUGCGGAGCCUGCCGGGCACUGGUGGAUGAGCUGGAGUGGGAAAUCGCCCAGGUGGACCCCAGGAAAACCAUCCAGAUGGGCUCGUUCCGCAUCAACCCCGACGGCAGCCAGUCCGUGGUGGAGGUGCCAUACGCGCGGUCCGAGGCGCACCUGACGGAGCUGCUGGAGCGCGUCUGCGAGAAGAUGAAGGAGUACGGGGAGAAGCUGGACCCGGCCACGCAGCGCAAGAGCUACGUGAGGGUCAUCUCCCAUGAUGGCACCAAGAUGGACCUGUCCGGGGUCAAAUUCGACGGGGACGUCAUCAACAGCCUGAAAUUCGCGUGCGAGAGCAUCGCUGAGGAGUACGAGGACGAGCUGAUCGAGUUUCUGUCACACGAGGCUGACAACGUCAAGGACCGGCUCUGCAGCAAGAGGACGGACCUGUGUGACCACGCGCUGCACAUCCCACACGAUGAGCUGUGACUGCCUCGGGAGCGGGGACCGGGAUGGCACUGGGACCCACCGGGAUGUCCCCAAGGAUGUCCCCAGG